AUGACUCAUUCAUCCGGCUGGCGCGGCAAGUUGAAUUCGCAGAUUCCAGGCUUUCAGAGGCAGCUGCAGGAGCCGCCGCGUCAUAUUGAUCGGACUCAGGCGCAGAUGAAAAGCUUGGGAGAGGGAAACCUGGCGUAUCACAGCGUAAUUUUUUGUUGCCCUUGCCCAACGAAGUACCCUGCCUUCUUGCCGCCGCACUGCCAUCGUUCGCUGCUGAAUGAAUGCCAAUUGCAAUUACUACGAGCCUGUGGGUGA